GAUGCUGCGACGCCUGGCUUUGAACGGCCGCGGCGUGACGUCCUCCGGGCCCCCAGAAUGGAACAUGGCUGCGACUACUUGAACAUCAGCAUGCCUCAUUGCUGUCAUCACUUCAUCUGUCGCCAUUGAAACUCUUGCCCUACAUAGUAUUUCCACCAAAUCCAGAAACUGUUGCCGGAGUCACGAUGCCGGAAGCCCCCUUGCCAAAGGACUUUUUGUGGGGGUUCGCGACUGCAAGUUACCAAAUCGAAGGAGCACCCCAUGAAGAUGGCCGCGAGGACUCCAUCUGGGACGUCUUCUGCCGCAUCCCCGGAAAGAUCGCCGAUGCAAGUUCCGGCGACGUUGCCUGCGACUCCUACCACCGGACCCAUGAAGACAUCGCUUUGCUGAGGGAGUGCAGGGCAAAGGCUUAUCGCUUCUCGCUUUCGUGGUCGCGUAUAAUUCCGCUCGGGGGCCGCAACGACCCUGUAAAUGAGAAGGGGUUGCAGUAUUACGUGCAGCUGGUUGACGACCUUCACGCGGCCGGCAUUGAGCCGAUGAUUACGCUGUUCCAUUGGGAUCUUCCGGCCGAGCUCGACAAGCGAUAUGGAGGCUUGCUCAACAAGGAGGAGUUCGUCAAGGACUACGAGAACUACGCCAGGGUUGUCUUCAAAGCUAUGGGGUCCAAGGUGAAGUAUUGGAUCACCUAUAACGAACCCUGGUGCAGCUCUAUCCUGGGCUAUAGUACCGGUCUUUUUGCGCCAGGGCACACCAGUGACCGCACAAAGAGUGCUAUUGGAGACAGUAGCCGAGAGCCGUGGAUAGUCGGCCAUAACCUGCUCAUCGCUCAUGGCGCAGCUGUGAAGGCCUACAGGGACGACUUCAGGGAAAAGGACGGGGGUCAGAUUGGUAUCACGCUAAAUGGUGACUGGGUAGAACCAUGGGAUGCGGACGACCCAGCCGACGUCGAAGCAUGCGACAGAAAGAUUGAGUUUGCCAUCUGUUGGUUUGGCGACCCCAUCUACUUCGGCAAGUACCCCGACAGCAUGCGUAAGCAGCUUGGGGACCGACUACCGCAGUUCACUGAGGAAGAGAUUGCGCUCGUCAAAGGGAGCAACGACUUCUACGGCAUGAACCACUACUGCGCGAACUACAUCAAGCACAAAGAUGGUCCAGCUGAGCCCGAAGACUUCACUGGUAAUCUCGAAAUGCUGAUGGAGAACAAGGCCGGCGAGAGCAUUGGGCCGGAGACACAGAGUGUUUGGCUGAGGCCGUAUCCUAUAGGCUUCCGGAAGCUCAUGAAAUGGCUCAGUGAUCGAUAUGGUGGUCCAGUGUUCUACGUCACGGAAAAUGGAACAAGCCUGAAGGGGGAGAACGACCUCCCUCUCGAUGAGCUGCUGCAGGAUGACUUCAGAUGCGAAUACUUCAGGGGCUACAUUGGAGCGUUAGCAGCCGCACGCAGCAAAGAUGGCGUCGACGUCAGAGGUUACAUGGCAUGGAGUCUCAUGGAUAACUUCGAAUGGGCUGAAGGCUACGAGACACGGUUCGGCGUCACCUACGUCGAUUAUAACGGUGGACAAAAGCGGCACCCGAAGAAGAGCGCCAAGGCGAUUGGAGACAUUUUCGAUGGCCUCAUGGAAAAGGAGUAGGUGGUCAGUCGGACGGGCGUACAUGAAGUGUGGUGUCCUAGCCGGCGUAGUGCCCGCCACCGUGUUCAGCUCCCGAGGUCGGCGUCAUCAAUGCAGAGUGUGUGGCUCACUGGGCUAGCGGGGAAUGUUCCUGCAUUGUUCGACCAGACUUCUUCAGCAGGAUUUUGCCGAGAUCUGGG